GACCUGCCAGCCAGCCAGCCCUGCCCUUUUGGAUUCUGCAUUUCUGCGUAGCUGUCUCUUGAAAGUGCAUUGAGUGCGGACACCAUGGCUCCACCAAAGAAGACCGAAGACGAGUACGAAGAUGAAGAAGAGGAUGACGAGGAGUAUGAUGAUGAAGAGGGGGACGAAGAGGAAUUUGAUGAAGAAGACAGUGAAGAAUACGGAGACGAAGAUGAAGAUGAGGGAGAGUACAAUGAUGAUGAUGAUGAUGACGAGGAGGAAGAUGGAGGCGCUGCGCCCAAGGGUAAAACCAAUCAGCAAGUGCUGAAGGAUUUCUACGAGGUAAGUUGGGACCUCUCAAUUUGCACCGCAUUACGACACGAUCGCAGGCUCCUCGGGUCAUCUGCUGAUUGGAUCUCUCAGAACGAGCAGCCGGACGAAGACGACGAAGAUGACGAUGUCGAAGAGCCAGAUGACAAGGCUGGCAAGUCUGUUCCUGGGAACAAACGGAAAGCCGAUGAGGCUGCAGAAGAGGACGGGGUAGGCAACGGAGAGACAGAGGGCGAGGCGAAGAAGGCCAAGGCGUAAAGAGAUGAGGGCUGGAUCUCGGCACAAGAUGUGGUCGAGGCGGUAGACCCUUGGUGAGAAAUGGGCUGCGCAGAGGUUGUCAGGUUGUCAUUAGGGAACAAAUCCCAUUAUACAUCGUUGGAAAUGCGCUACAAAUAUCAAGGAAUGCAAAUA